UGGAUAGACAAAUUUUGCUGUCAGAAAAAUGUGUUGUUGUGUGAGAGGAUAAAGAAGAAAAGAGCCCUCACUUAGUCUCCAUGUUCAGGAAGAGUAAAGGUCAAACCACAGUCACAUGACAUUGUGUUAGCAAAUGUUAGAAGCAGUUUCUUGUUUUACGAGCUCUGUUUAAUUAGUCUGCUGUUAAACAAAUCAGCCACGUGUCUCUCUUACUUAUUUUCUUACUGUCUAGCUUGGUGUUUAUCUUUUGUUUUUGGUACCCAAAAUCGCACCAGAGUGAGCAACUCGCUACUGUAUUUUUUGUAAAUACACGAUCUUCGAAACCAUAAUGAUUACAGCGCAUGCUCACAAAGUAACGAUUCUCCGAGCCUCCACGUCUCAGCACGAGCGCAGGGUAACCAAUCAGGAGCGGCCACCGUGUGUUUGGAAACAACAUCGUUCCCCGUUAAAGUCCCGUAUGACAACCAGCAGAGAGACACUUCCAGGUCCUGUCCCACAAGUUUUACUGUAGACGAGACAGCUGGCGUCGCUUUUCCUGUGUCAACGGACGAACCGUAUCACGAGGACUCUUCUUAUCGUAUUUGUAGCGAGUCAAACAUUUUCUCUAAAGAGACAGAGAGAACGAGUGAGAGAGUAAAGAUGGAUGAGGGGGUUUCUGAACAAAAGACGAUUUCGCUUUUCAUAAAAACGCCCAACCAGACUCACGAGGACCAAACCGUCGAAGGCGUCUGUCUGAACUGGACCGUAAAGGACCUAAAAACGCAUUUGUCCACCGUUUACCCAACCAGACCGGCUGUGAGUGACCAGAGACUGAUCUAUGCUGGUAAACUGCUGCCCGACCAUCUGCACAUCAGAGAUCUCUUCAGACAGCUCCAUAAUGAAGCCACUCCCACACUGCACCUCGUGUGUGCUUUUAGGAAUCAACCCCAAGGACAACUGGGAGCCAGACCUAAGACCAAAGAGACCCAACAGCCACAUACCUCCAGUCCAAGGCCCAUGGCGGCUUCUGCUUCACCCAGUCCCAGCAGCUCCUCUUCCACAGUCCACACUCCCAGCACACCGGAGCUGAGGCAGAGGAGGCAGACCUCUGCAGCCUCAGCUGCUGCUCCAUCAGGAACUCCGUCAUGGCCUGCUGCUGCCGUGCCUGGAGCACCACAGAUGACCCAACCAACCUUUCCCACCUACUCCCUGUACAGCCCUCAACAGAUACUGUGGCUGCAGCAUGUCUACGCUAGACAGUAUUACAUGCAAUACCACGCGGCCCUGGCAGCAGCAGGCACCGUCCCCUCUGCACCAGCUACAACCAUUGCCCAGUACCCUCCUGUUCCGGCCCACCACGUGCCUGUUCCGGCCCCCUUAGCCAAUCAGAACCCCAUCGACAACCUGCCGGCGAAUCAGAACCCAGCGCAGGACGGCGCUUUCAUCAACCCCGCGGAGGCCAACCAGAACAUGCGGAUGAACGCGCAGGGCGGGCCUGUAAUGGAGGACGAGGAGGACGUGGAGCGUGACUGGCUGGACUGGUUGUACACCACCGCAAGACUGGGCGUUCUGCUGAUGAUCGUGUACUUCAACUCCAACCUGAGUCGCUUUCUGCUGGUGAUGAGCACCCUCCUCCUCAUGUACCUACACACUGCUGGUUGGUUUCCCUUCAGAAGGCGAGUGCAGGUCCAAGGAGCCAACCCUCUGCAGCCCCCUGUGGCCCAGCACAACCAGCAGAACGAGAACGAGAACGAGAACGGGAACCCAAAUCCAGCUGACGGGCUUGCUGAGCGGGAGGAACCUGCUGCUGCAGCGGACGGAUCAGACGGACCAAUGACGGCAGUUUUAGUGCCUCCUCACAGGGUGUCGGCCAUGUGGACGGCCUGGGUUUUCUUCAAAACGUUCUUCUCCUCCCUCAUACCUGAGGCUCCUCAGGGUGUGGCCAACUGACCACCUGGGACAGACAGAGUCACCACUGUUCUUCAUAUUUUUCCAUGGGGAACAAUAAUCUCUGGUGGAAGGAAAAGGAAGAUGUCCGUGUGUUUUAACAAUGACUGGGACCUGCGCCAGGCCCUUGAAUUUCCAAACUGUUGACUGGAAACAAAGGACACAAAGAGCUAGAAAGACCAGACCACAUUCCUAAUAAUAAAUAGUUCAGUGGGAUCCCAGUUCUCCUUCUGCUCUCUCAGCUGAGGGUGAACCUCUCUGUUGGACUGUCGUGUCUUACUGAUUCUCCUGUGAGGACGUGUGUAUGCAGGCGUUCUGAUCCCCUACGAUUCUAAAUCAGCUUGUCAGAGUUUUCAUGAUGAAGAAUAUAAUCAAGAUCAAUACAUGUUCAGUUGAAGUGAAAAUCCACGCACAGACUCCGUACUGUAUGUAAAGGCUAUCUGAAUCUGAAUUCCAAGGACACGUUCAUUUUGUUCUUUUCAAAACCCUCCGUGUAUGGAGCCUGGGUUUGAAUCCAGCUGUAAAAGUGGGACAGAUGUUGUUUUCACUUGUUUCAGCAACGUGUUUUAACUUUAAUAAUAUAUGAUUUUAGGUUUUAAAAUCCUACUAUUGAAAUUCACACAAGAUCCAAUAUUCCAACUAUAUACUCAGUUAUACAGUAUGCUUGUGAGAGGAACUUCAGUUCACAACCAGUACUUAAAAUCCAAAUCAUGAACAAAAAUCAUCAACUCUGAUUCACAAAAUUGAAAAUAACAUUGCACCUCUGACAUGACUUUGGUUUACCAGUUCUGUUUUGGGUGGAUUUUCCUAUUAUUGGGUGUCAGGUGAAGGUGAUUGUGACCAAAUAAAUAUAAAUGUAAAAUAGAGAUGUUGCUAUAGUAAACAAAAAACAAUCACAUUUUGUAAAUGUACUGUAUGUACACAAAGCACUUUACAACAUGUAUUUUAUGCAAGCGUCCUUACAUAUAGAGGGGUAAUGAUUUAUUAUUCUUCCUGGGAAGAUUGUUAAUCUGAAUAUAAUGCGUAGAGGGCUCAGAGUUGUGGGUUAUAUGUUGUUUUUCACAGAAGGGACUAAGUAUACAUUUCAUUUGAUAUAAAAUCCCAUUAAAACAAAACAGGUUAAAGGUUCGAUCAGUGCUGUUUAAAUUAAAGCAAAAACUAAGUUAGAAUUAUUUAUAAUGUCAGAAACCAUCUUUACAAUAGUUUUGGAAUUGAGGCAAGUUUGCUUCUCAGCUACGAAGCCCUAAUAAAGAAGCUAGCCCACAUCAUUCCUAAUGUACCUUUAGUUUUUAAGCAGUUUUAUAUCAUACUGACAGAGAAACCUUCACUGUCACAGAUCAGAUGACUGAAAGAAAACUUCUUUGAAAUGCAGUUUCUGCUGACUUCACUCAAGUCAUCAAAAUAAUGCAGAUAGGUGACUUGAGAUCAGAUCUGUUGUUUUGCAUUAACUGGCUGUAAUCAGAGCAUGUUUUAUUCAACCGUAACAAGGAAUAAGUGGGUUUUACUAUCUUCUCUUAACAAUGUCCCUGUAUACAGGGUGUAUUACAUCUUUAAGGAAAGGUGUGAAAAGUAAUUUCCAUCUUCUUGUAAUCCAAUCCAUUUUGUGUUCUGCAUUAACCCCUGCUGUAAAGUAAGCACUCGGAUUCCCUCUGGGGAGCGGUCGUAGCUCGUGACAUUGGUCACCAUGUAGAAUUGAACUUUUAAUGUUAAGAUAAUAAAGUUUUCUUUUCUGUUUCUUUUUUUGUUUGCUUAUUGACGGAUGUUGUAGAGUCAAGUGUGUUUAGGGAGACUUGUAAUAAUGGAUGCAAUAAAUAUUCUUAACUUUAA